AUGGAGGCCCGCAGGCGCAACAGUUCCGUUGCUUGCUCCUGCGCUGUCAUCGCGGCAGCCGUUUGUUUGCUGAGCGUGUGGCACCGCUCUGUCGCCUCGCCGUCUGGUCUGGAAAGGACCUUCAAACGCCUGUUGACACCUGCCGAGCUUCUGAGGUCAUUUCCUUUGCCUUACACUCUAAAGCGCCUCGUCAACGAAAGUCGUGCUGAGGCGGCUGCAAUUUUACAGGGCGAGGAUGAUCGUUUGAUUGCUGUUGUGGGCCCGUGCUCCAUCCACGACCCGGAAGCUGCCCGCGACUACGCGCGGCGUUUGCGAGAAGUGAAGAAGGAGCUGGAAGAUGAUCUGUUGAUAAUCAUGCGCACGUAUUUGGAGAAGCCACGGACAAGCGUUGGCUGGAGGGGCUUAGUGAGUGACCCGGAUUUGUCUGGAAAAGAGGACCUUGGCCGGGGAUUGGCUUUGGGACGACGGGUGCUGCUUGACAUGAAUGCGUUGGGUCUCCCUACUGCCGUCGAAUUCCUGGACCCAAAUGUGGCACCGUACAUCGAGGAUGCCGUGACCUACGGCAGCAUAGGUGCUCGGACGGUCGAAAGCCCAAUCCAUCGGGCGUUGGCGGCGAGCUUGAAGAUGCCCAUGGGUUUCAAGAAUGGGAGAAGUGGCGACAUUCAAGAUGCGGUGAAUGCAGCCGUGGCUGCGUCAUCUCCGCAGAAGCGGCUGGCUCCGGACAGACACGGCCGUGUGCGAAUCGUCCAGGCCGAGGGCAAUCCCGCUCCUCACAUCGUGUUGAGGGGCGCCGAGAGCGGUCCGAAUUUCGGCGAGGCCUUCGUAGCGGAGGCCGGUGAGCGGCUGAGCAAAGCCGGCUUUCGCGGUGCGCAAAUCAUGAUCGAUUGCUCCCAUGGCAACUCCCGGAAGAAGUACGAGGGAGAGGUUGUGGCUUGUAGAUCCGUCGCCGAGCAGGUGUCCGCUGGCAAUACUGGGAUCGGCGGAGUUCUCAUAGAGAGCUUCCUUGUCGCGGGAAACCAGAAGCUGGAUCCAGGUGUGACCAAAGUGGAGGACCUCAAGUAUGGCUGCAGUGUGACGGACUCAUGCAUGGAUUUCAACUCCACGAAGGACCUCCUUGGUGAGUUGGCAGCGGCGGUCGUUGCAAGACGAGCAAAAGUAUCACAGAGCUGGAAGGAGGCUCGAGAAGGCGAGCCUGUCAAGGCUUGA